AUGCGUUUCGAUCUCCUUACUCUGGCCGCACUCGGCUCCCUCGCCGUUGCGGCCCCUGCUCCCGUCGAUGUCGCUGAGAGAGAGCUCGUCGAGAGAUCCUCCUGCAUCUUCACCGAUGCUGCGGCCGCCAAGGCGGGUGUCAAGAAGUGCUCCCACUCGGUGCUGAGGAACAUCAAUGUCCCCGCCGGUGAGACCCUUGAUCUGUCCCACGCCAAGGAGGGCUCCACCGUCACCUUCGAGGGCACCACCACCUUCGGCUACAAGCAAUGGAAGGGUCCCCUGAUCCGCCUCGGUGGUAAGGGCGUUACCUUCACCGCUGCCAACGGCGCCGUUAUCGACGGCCAGGGUGAGCGCUGGUGGGACGGCAGAGGCACCAACGGUGGCAAGACCAAGCCCAAGUUCAUGUACGCCCACAAGCUGCAGAGCUCGUACAUCCGGAACCUGAACAUCAAGAACACCCCCGUGCAGGCCAUCUCCGUUCAGGGUAACGAUGUGCACAUCGAGGGCGUGACCAUCGACAACUCCCUUGGUGACCACAAGGGUGGCCACAACACCGACGCCUUCGACGUCAACGAGUCCAAUGGCGUCUACAUCAGCGGCGCCAAGGUCUACAACCAGGACGACUGCUUGGCCAUCAACUCCGGCGAGAACAUCAACUUCUCGAACGGCUACUGCUCCGGCGGCCACGGUCUGUCGAUCGGCUCGAUCGGCGGCCGUUCCAACAACGUCGUCAAGGGCGUGCACAUCACCGACAGCCACAUCGUCAACUCCGACAACGGUGUCCGCAUCAAGACCAUCUACAAGGAGACCGGCUCCGUCAGCGACGUCACCUACUCCAACAUCCAGCUGGAGAACAUCGCCAAGUACGGUAUUGUCAUCGAGCAGGACUACAAGAACGGCUCCCCCACUGGUAACCCCUCCAACGGCAUCCCCAUCAAGGACGUGACCAUCGACCGCGUCACCGGCUCUGUCAAGAGCGGCGCCCAGCCCGUCUACAUCCUGUGCGGCUCCGGCUCCUGCUCCAACUGGACCUGGAAGGGCGUUGAUAUCCACGGUGGCAAGGAGAAGAAGCAGUGCAAGAACAUCCCCCAGGGUGCUUCUUGCUAGAUGCUUCUCGGCUAUCAGC